AUGAGUAGAGCACAAUCAAAAUAUUCUUGCAAACAAAAGCGAUCCUCGCCCAAACCACCUCUUCAUGUUCAUAAAAAGCAGAAAACUGGCCAUCAAGAGGGUUCCUCUCUUCUGGUCGACUUUUGGAAUAAUUUAUCCAAAAUCUGGCUAACUGACGGAGCAUUACAAGAACUUGAUCAAAGAAGCACCUUAGAAGACCUUGAAAGACCUAUCGUUUUUCGAAAUCCUUUUCUGUUAAGGCCUGUGACACGCACUAUAUUCAGUGAUAUUCAAAAUCUUGCUAAAGAAGGUGGUCCGGAUUUAUCUGAUCUUAGGGGU